AUGCAUCGCCGAUCUAAGAGAAGCCAUCAUCCUCAACGUGAAAAAGUUACGGGUUUCAGAGACUCACAGCUCAUCAUCAAUCAAACAAAUGACGACUGGAAGACCAAGGACGAAAAGUUGAUCCCUUAUCACGUCUAUCUAGAGAAUCUAACCGAGGAGUUUGAAGAGAUCACAUUCUCUUAUAUGACCCGAGCCAAGAAUCAGUUCGCAGACGCUCUGGCCACCCUCGCUUCAAUGUUAGAGAUCCCGAGAGGAAUUGUUGAAUGGGAACUCAUCGUCGAACUCCAAGAGGAACCCGCGUUCUGCCUGCAAAUCGACGAAGCCAAAACUUCCUCGAAUGAUCAGGCGUUGUAUAACGACAUCAAAGAAUAUCUCGAGCAUCAGAAGUAUUCGGAAGGAGCGGCAUCAACUGAUCAGCACACUAUCUAG